AAUAAACUGAUCUGCGACUGCAAACUGGCAUGGAUCUGGGGUCUUAGGAACGAGACGAAGAACGUGAAGCUACGAGAGUCCCUGGAGGAGCUCACUUGCUUCCUCGAGAGUAAUAACGCAACGCUGAAGAUCAACAACGAGAACCUCGAGUGGAACGAGGCGCUCGAGAUGGCACGUAACUCAGAGGAAUAUCGCGCCGGCAGCUUGAGAGACGGGAGCAUCGAGGACGACGACGCUUACUUGGGCGACGAGUACGAGAGUAAAGAUGGAUACGGGGAUUCUUCCUCGAAUUCCGAUUUUCAGCCGAAGAUGGUGGAGGGUAAACUGUGCUACGUGAAGAACCUGUUCGAGCUAAAACUGGAGGAGCUGCCGUGCCCAGAGCCCUCGAGGGAGGAUCUAAUGGCGUCCGAGCAACCUUCGAGUCGCCACGAGAAUGCCCGCGUCGGAUCUUCGGGUUCCAUAUGGUCCUCGUCCUCGCCCAACAUUGUUCGCCUCGACCUGUCCGUCCUCCUAUACUCUCUGCUCCUGUUGCUGUCGGUGCUGUUCACG